AAUCGGCUUCAGACUGUGUAUAUUUUCGUAUAUGGUAAUUUGGAAUAAAAUUAAUUGUUGAAAAAUGUAUGAGAACAGUGUUUGGGAAACGCUGCAGGCUGUCGAACAGGUCGAGGUGUCCUUCAACCAAACGCUUAAAAAUAUCAGAAACAUUAACAAACGGUACAAAACGGUAUCCGCCCUCAAACAGAAGGCCCAGAAGCGGCAGGACUUGUUCGAAGCUGAAAUCCAGGCGGCCAUAACCGGACCAAGUUAUUCCAAAGCUUCAAAAGUAUCGAAGAAGGCCUCCCAGAACAAGAAGCACAAGGUUAUUAGAAAAAUCAAGCGAGUGCCUACAUCCAAGUUUUUUCAAGGUAUGAAGUACAUCGAGAGUCCCUUCCUCUUGCCACCCACCUUGUCCGACGAGAAGGUCUCGGAGAUGGAGGCACCGUUCCUGUGCGUCCACACCAAAAGUGUGUACGAGAUUCACAAUACGAGUACCACCACCACGACCCAGAUGGUGGCACGGAAACCCUAUAAGAAUAUGAUCCGGCAGCUUUAUCGGGCGGCGCGACAGAAGACCCAGAAGGACUCCAGGAUGCGGGAGCAGGAUCAGGCGCUGUGCCCCGAUUGUUCCAUGUCUUGCUCCUGCUCUUGCUUCUCCAGCACCUGUGUGUGCUCGUAAAUUGCUAGUACGAGCAUACGUAUGAGCUUUUUAAAGUCGCAUAGGUGUGUUGCAUACUUUUUGGCAUUUGAAUCGCAAAUUUUUAAUAAAAAUUGUGAAUUGAGUCAUUAAUAAAUCAGUCCACUUGUCAAA